AUGUUUCCAGCAGAAUUUAGUAAUGAUCCAUCAAAACGUAACAGAGGCCGUCCACCUAAAGGUCCAGUGAAAAAAAUAAAGAGAGAAGAUGACGUGUGUUCUAACACAGAAGAAGUGGAAGAUGCAAAAACUAACAUUAAUCAAUAUGAUGAUAUGCACAGGGAGUUUAUCCAGUUUGGUAUGUCUCAGACAAGUCAAUUAAUUCUAUCUUUUUCUCUUAAAUAUUAAUUUUUUGUUUUUUUUUAAAUUUAAUUAAAAAUUUUGUCAAUUUUAAAUUUUUAUUAGAGUAAGAAGAAUUGUUCAGCAUCCUGCAGUCCCAUCAGACAGAAGAUGUCAGCCGCUUCUUAGACUUUUGCUGGGGACCAUGCAAGAUCUUGAUCUCAACGAAAUUGAAACAGCCCUAUGGGCGAUUUAUCUUGAAAAAAUAGGAUGGGCUGACAAUGAGCCUUCGCUCCACUUUCUGAUAUGCUAUGCUGCUUUUGCAGCCAAAUCAUAUCUGAAUGAUGAUAUAAGGCCAUACGAAGCCUUCUUAAGUGGGAAAAUAGACAAUUUCCAAAAAAAUUACGAAAAGUUUGUAAAUAAAUACAAUGUCACCUUAGAAGUGGUCUCAAAAGACAUAAAUAAAAGAUUUAGAGAGCUAAGUAGACCAAUUUUAGCUUCCAAAAGUCCCUCAAUCAUCGACUACAAUUUUUAUGUAGACGAUAUUUUAUCAUUGUCACCGCCUUAUCAUUCAGAUAGCUCAAAACUUAUCAAGGAACUUACUGAAAAUAAAGAAAUUAUGCGUGUAUAUAAAGCAUAUAAAAAUAAAGAAAAGAUUAUCGUAAAGAAAGCGAGAAAAUGUAAAACCAAGCCUUUACCUGAAAUUCCAGUUUUAGAGAAACUAGACUCAGUGCUUUCCACCAUAAUUGAAGAGCCAAUUAGAAGUGAAAGUGAAGGUGCAGAGAAUAAAAAAGAUUCUACUGUUUAUGUGAGUCCAAUUCUUUUCCAUAGAAUUGAUUCUCUUUGUAAUGAUUAUGCAAAUAAUGAGUUUACUCCAAUAAGUUCACCUCCUCUGCUGCUCAAGAGAAAUUCGUUAUUAAAUAGAUUAUCAAAUGCUUAG